GACAAAUUCCUCCAGGAUGCGGGCGAAACCAUUGCGGGCUACCCAGGCUAUCAAUUGGAGGCCUAUCUCGGUCUCAUGCCCAGCAAGGCGAUGGCUGGCCACCAAAAACUCCGUGUCUCCUCAGCCCGAAGUAGAUAUUGUGUCGCGAACGCCGCCAUACCACAGACUCAUUACAAAGCUCCAUGAAGUACGAAGGGUAUUGGGAGAUUCGCGGAAGUUGACACUAGCAGAGAAGAUCCUUUAUUCGCAUUUGGAUCACGUCGAAGAGUCGCUGCUUUCAAAUACAAAUAAUUGCAAAGAAAUCAGAGGAAAUGCAAAUCUCAAGCUCAAGCCUGACCGGGUUGCUAUGCAAGAUGCCUCGGCCCAAAUGGCUUUGCUCCAAUUCAUGUCCUGUGGUCUUGCGUCGACUGCUGUUCCAGCAAGCAUACACUGCGACCAUAUGAUUGUGGGAGAAAAGGGUGCGGAUGCAGAUUUGCCUAAUUCGAUAGCCGGUAACAAAGAGGUCUUCGAAUUUCUCGAAUCCGCUGCGAAGAAAUACGGUAUUGAAUUCUGGCCUCCUGGGGCUGGUAUCAUCCACCAGUCCGUUCUGGAGAACUACUCUGCACCUGGGUUGAUGAUGCUUGGGACAGAUAGCCAUACCCCAAAUGCGGGUGGUCUGGGCGCUAUCGCCAUUGGUGUUGGUGGUGCGGACGCCGUUGAUGCCCUAGUCGACGCGCCUUGGGAACUUAAAGCACCCAGGAUAUUAGGAGUUAGGCUUGAGGGUGAAUUGACAGGCUGGGCUUCUCCGAAAGACGUCAUUCUGAGUCUUGCUGGCCAGCUUACUGUCCGGGGCGGAACAGGAUUCAUCCUCGAGUACUUCGGUCCUGGUGUACAAUCUCUGAGCUGCACCGGCAUGGCGACGAUAUGCAACAUGGGCGCUGAAGUCGGCGCGACAAGUUCUCUGUUCCCAUUCUCUCCCGCGCACGUUCCAUAUCUAGAAGCAACUCACCGUGGGCCGAUCGCUAAGGCUGCUUCUAACAUUGCUUCAGCACCUAUGGCCAUGAACUUACUGCGUGCUGACCCUGAGGCCGUGUAUGACAAAGUGGUUACCAUCAAUCUCUCCGCCCUCGAGCCCCAUAUUAAUGGCCCCUUCACACCCGAUCUUUCAACCCCACUCUCGAGAUUCAAAUCAUUAGUCGAGGAGCAGGACUGGCCCAAGAAGUUUAACGCUGGCCUCAUUGGAAGCUGCACGAACAGUUCUUACCAGGAUAUGACCCGCUCCGAGGAACUUGUAAAGCAAGCCUCCGCUGCUGGUCUGAAACCCAAGGUUGAUUUUUUUAUAACUCCAGGCAGUGAACAGAUCCGCGCUACUCUGGAUCGUGAUGAUACCCUCUCUACCUUUUCCUCUGCAGGUGGUACCGUUCUCGCAAAUGCUUGUGGUCCUUGCAUUGGGCAAUGGACCCGUACAGAUGGAAUUAAAAAGGGCGAGUCCAACGCCAUCUUCACCUCCUACAACCGCAAUUUCCCGGGUCGCAACGAUGGCAACCGUGCAACUAUGAACUUUCUUGCGUCCCCGGAACUCAUUACUGCAAUGUCCUAUUCGGGUUCCACGACCUUCAAUCCAAUCACUGACUCGAUCCCAACAGCCUCCGGUACCCCUUUCAAAUUCUCACCGCCAAAGGGUUCCGAUCUCCCUUCUGCUGGUUUUUCCGAAGGAAACCCGGAUUUCUUCCCUACUCCAGGCUUCCCUGAACCAUCUGUUGAAGUCUCCAUUGAUCCGAAGUCUACACGUUUAGCGAAACUAGAUCCUUUCCCCGCUUUUCCAAACUCAGAGCUUACGUCCCUUCGAGUCCUGUACAAAGUGAAAGGCCAAUGUACAACAGACACAAUAUCUGCCGCUGGACCCUGGUUGAAGUACAAAGGACAUCUACCGAACAUCUCAGAAAACACCUUCAUUGGUGCUGUUAAUGCUGCUACGGAUGAAGUUAAUGUGGCCUACGACCUGGAUGGCACACAAUCAGGCAUUCCAGAGCUUGGAAAGAGAUGGAGAGACAAGGGCCAAGAGUGGUUAGUAGUGGCCGAACACAACUACGGCGAAGGCUCAGCCCGCGAACACGCAGCCCUCCAACCCCGGUACCUCGGCGGACGUCUCAUUCUCGCAAAGUCCUUUGCUCGAAUCCAUGAAACGAAUCUUAAGAAACAAGGUAUCGUCCCCUUGACUUUUGCUAACGAAGCGGAUUACGAGCUUUUCAAUGCUUGUGACGAGGUUUCCACGAGGGGAUUGUUGGAUACGCUGAGGAGUGGCGGAAAGGGUAAGAUUGAGUUGGUAAUCAAGAAGGACGGGGGAGAAAAGGUGGUAAAUACGAAGCACACGCUAAGUGAGGAUCAAUGUGGCUUUAUUCUUGCAGGGAGUGCGUUAAAUCUGCUUGCCAUGCGGUCGAGAGAGGAGCUAGAGGAAAUAACGAGGCAAGAUGUCUUAACUGAUUAGGAUCCGACAUGGGGAAUUGGCUCUAUAUUUAGG